AACACAUCUCCUUCGCAUAGAGUUGAUUGUGGCCUGUGGAAUGUUGGUCCACUCCUCUUCAAUGGCUGUGCGAAGUUGCUGGAUAUUGGCGGGAACCGGUACACGCUGUCGUAUACGCCCAUCCAGAUUAUCCCAAACAUGCUCAAUGGGUGACGUGUCCGAUGCCUGCCCAUACCAUAACCCCACCGCCACCAUGGGCCACUCCAUCCACAACACUGACAUCAGAAAACCGCUCAUCCACACAACGCCACACAUGCUGUCUGCCAUCUGCCCUGAACAGUGUAAACCGGGAUUCAUCCGUGAAGAGAACACUUCUACAACGUCCCAGACGCCAUCGAAUGUGAGCAUUUGCCCACUCGAGUCAGUUACGACGACAAACUGGAGUCAGGUCGAAACCCCGAUGAGGACGACGGGCAUACAGAUGAGCUGCCCUAAGACGGUUUCUGACAGUUUGUGCAGAAAUUAUUUUGUUAUGCAAACCGAUUGUCUCAGCAGCUGUCCGAGUGGCUGGUCUCAGACGAUGUUGGAGGUGAACAUGCUGGAUGUGGAGGUCCAGGGCUGGUGUGGUUACACGUGGUCUGUGCUGGUGAGGCUGGUUGGAUGUACUGCCAAAUUCUCUGAAAACCCUUUGGAGACGGCAUACUGACAUUCCUGCUGUCAGUAUGCCAAUUGCACGCUCGCUGAAAUCUUGCGAGAUCUGUGGCAUUGUGCUGUGCUAAAACUGUAGCUCUGACUGUACAUAU